AUGUUUAGAUUUAAUAUUUUCACUUUUAUUUGUCUUCUUUGGUUAUACUUCUAUGUACAUACAAAUAAAUUAAAAUAAUAUUCCAAUAGGAAUAAUCAAAUUAAUGAUGAAGGAGCAUUAGGUUUAAUUUUCUGGUUGUAGACUUGUUCUAAUCUUAUAAUGCUGGAUAUUGAUGCUUCACAAACUUAAAUGAGUGAAUUAGGAAUAUAAGAAUUAUGCUUAGUUUUAUAAAAAUGCAUAAAUCUCAAAGCUUUGAAUCUUAAUUUAUCGUUUAACAAUAUUAGUUAAUAAGAUUUGUCUAAUUUAAGUUCCUCUUUAUUAAUGUGCUAAAACCUUAUAAAUUUGAUACUCUUUCUUAGGAGCAAUGAAUUUUCGAAAAAUUAGUUCUUAAAAGAAAGGAAUAAGUUUCUUAAAUUAAAUAAGCUAGUAAUAACAAAUAUUAAUUCUUAUAUGUGA